UACUAGCGAUCUAGUCAUGUGAGUAGGGGGCGGAGUUUGGGUAUCAUUCAACAUGGCUGCGCCGAGAUGAGGAAAUAAUAAACCGUAAUAAAUAGCGACUCAAACAUACCGCGAUUUACCCUAUUUCGACCAGUUUAUCAAGAGAAUAUCUUGACAUGUUGACAGUGUUAUGACAUAAACUUCAAGCGCAGAUCUGACACCCUACAAAGGACCCUAAACGGGGUACCGAAACUCGCGGAGACCCAUCAAUCCCGACUCACUGCUUUGACCAACAAACGGUAACGUUACCAGCAGCUGUGAUGUCUCUGGCUGACCCUACCUCGGACACCACGCCAUUCUUAUCUGAUGAGAGUGAGGCGGAGGGCCUUGAGGAGCCUAGGGCAGGGCACAGCCAGCGGCAGGAAGAGGAUGAGCCAGCCAGUGGCGUUUCCAGCACAAGAGCGUUAUUCACUGUCGGCGUCCUGUGUUUCAUCAACCUGCUCAACUACAUGGACAGGUUCACCGUGGCUGGUGUUCUCCCGGACAUUGAGCAGUACUUUGGGAUCGAUGAUGGGAAUUCCGGUCUGCUCCAAACGGUCUUUAUCUGCAGCUACAUGUUCCUGGCUCCAGUCUUCGGUUACCUGGGCGACCGGCACAACAGGAAGCUUAUCAUGAGCGUGGGCAUCGCCUUCUGGUCAGUGGUGACGCUUGCGAGCUCCUUCACGCCAAAAAACUGUUUCUGGCUCCUGUUAUUGACACGUGGCUUGGUCGGAGUCGGGGAGGCCAGCUACUCCACCAUCGCCCCCACCAUCAUCGCUGACCUGUACGUCAAGGGGGAGAGGACGCGGAUGCUCUCCGUCUUCUAUUUUGCCAUUCCAGUGGGCAGUGGUCUGGGCUACAUUGUGGGGUCAAAGGUUGAUGAUGUAGCAGGGGACUGGCAUUGGGCCCUGCGGGUGACUCCUGUGUUGGGUUUGAUUGCCGUAUUCCUCCUGCUGUUCGUAGUGAAAGAGCCAAAGAGAGGUGCAAUCGAGGCCCGGCCAGAGCACACCCUCCCUAGAACCAGCUGGCUGGUUGACAUGAAGGCCCUUGGUAGAAACCCCAGCUUCAUGUUAUCUACAUUUGGCUUCACGGCAGUGGCCUUUGUCACAGGGUCCUUGGCACUCUGGGCCCCAGCUUUCCUCUUCAGAGCAUCCGUCUUCACCGGAGAGAGGGCCCCCUGCGUGAAUGGGCCCUGCGAUACCUCUGAUAGCUUUUACUUUGGUAUCAUCACGGUUGUGUCAGGGAUCCUGGGCGUGGCCAGCGGGGCAGAGGUCAGUAGGAGGCUGAGAGUGUGGACACCCAGGGCCGACCCCCUGGUGUGUGCCAUAGGUCUCCUCCUCUCAGCCCCCUUCCUCUACCUCGCCAUCGUCUUCGCUCAGGUCAGCACCAUCGCCACUUACGUGUUUAUCUUCCUGGGGGAGACCUUCCUCUCUAUGAACUGGGCCAUCGUAGCUGAUAUUCUGCUGUACGUGGUGGUUCCCACACGUCGCUCCACAGCUGAGGCCUUCCAGAUUGUCAUCUCUCACCUGCUUGGAGAUGCCGGAAGUCCUUACCUGCUAGGAAAGGUCUCAGACUCUCUGAGGCAGAAGGACUCCUACCUGUGGCAGUUCCGCUCCCUGCAGCUCUCCCUCUUAACCUGCUCGUUUGUGGCAGUGGCAGGCGGGGCUUUCUUCCUGGCCACCGCCCUCUUUAUCGAAAGGGACCGCCAGCGGGCCAUGAACUACGCACCUUCUGAUGACGAACCAAUCGUUGUACCCAAUAGCGGCCGGUCCACCAGAGUGCCCGUGUCCAGUGUUUUGAUUUGAGGAGCAACAAGGAUCAUGGGUGGUUUAUGUGGAAGAUGCUGCACCCUGACAGGCCCCUUUUUCAGUGACCAAUUGCACAGCAGCGUUUUUAUGACUGGGGUCUCUGUUUGGACAAUGCCCUAUAAAGAGACUUUUAUUUAUUAUUUGUAACAUUUUAGGUAAUAUGGCUUUUAAUACUUUUAUCUGCUAAGGAACAGUGUCAAGAGCUGCCAAAUGUUCUGCUCAACAUUUUCUGGUGUUUUGUAAUCACCAACUAGGCAUUCCACUUCCGCUGAUUUGCUGUGCGUGUUGGCAUUUAAACGUGGUGGCUUAUGGGAAAUGUAUGCAGAGUAGUAAACAGGAAAUCAGAGAGCCACAUCAGUGGAAGCCUAACCUUCAGUCUGGUAGAGGAGACAGGAUAUAAGUUAUAAGAGGGAAUUUCUGAGAAGUGGUUCCUUAACCUAAGGGAUAUUUGCAUUUAAGUGAUUUAAAAUAUGCGCUAAUCCAGAGCGAUUUACAGUAGUGAGGGUGUACAUACUUCGUGGGAAUGUGCAAACACACAACCUAGGCGUUGCACGCGCCUUGCUUUUACAAAGUGAGUUACAUAGUAUCCUUAAGGGAGGUGGUUCAAUCUCCCAUUACAGUCAAAAUGAAACAGAAUCACAGAUAACGGUGUCACUCAGACUAUUCUCUGUUACGCUGCAGUGAACAUAUUUUAACUGUAGAGACCUCUGUGGAAGACUUUCAGGGUGGACAUUUUGUACUUCAGCUCAUUGACUGUAAACCCCACAACAACUGCUGCUGUACUUAAAUGGUUCUGAAACAGUGCUCCUAUUGGCCAUGAGACACAACAGGGGCCAGCCCAUUUUCAAAGCCAGUCCAAAUGGUGCUGUUCUCUCAAGUCCACAAACAAUAUAAAUAAAAUGCUUGUCCAUUCAGCAUAAACACAUACUACUACAUAAAGUAUUCAACUGACGAGAGGGAGUUGGCAAGCGCAGAUGUUGCAUUUCUAACAAAUUAAGCUAAUCAUGCUUGUUCUGUUUUUUUCAACCGUUUGGGUUAUUAUAAGGAUAACACUAUUUUUGUCCCGUAACGAUCUACAAUUUGAAUGGGCAACUCUACCAGAAACGUCCAGAAGAUUUUACUUUUAUUCAGUAUUUUAUGUUGUUUUUAUUGAAUGAUCCUGGCAGCAAGUGCACUCUUGGUAAUGUUUAGCUUUUUGUGACUCUGCAGGGGUCAUCAACUCUGGCCCUCGAAGCCAGUUCCACUCCAUUUAUUUUCAUUGCAACCCUCUAAUCAGGGACUUACUUAGACCUGAGACACCCGGGGGGUAGAACAGACAACCAGCAGGCUCCGGCCCUCGUAGGGUAAGAGUUGAUGAUGCCUGCUCUAUAGAGUUGAUAAUUACUCAUUGACCAGAACAUCAAAUUAGCUCUAUUACCAGGCGCAGGCCCAGACCUAAUUAUUUGAAGAGAAUGUGUCCCCCUUUUAUAAUGACAGGUUAAUGCUACAUGAAAUGCAUUAUUUUUUGAUAGUGAAGCGUUAAUAUAAUUUGUUUAAAAAGUCACAGAUUGUUAACUGCUAUCUGAUUGUGAUGUAACUUUUUGUUGAAACAUUAAAGGGUGAAAAUGGACUGUUGACA